AUGAAACGCUCAAGAAGAAUUUCUCAUACAUAUUAUGCAUUGAUUCUGAAGUUACAUAUUAGAUCAUCUAAAAAGAUACAAAAUGAAGAAGAUAAUGAAUCUUCUAUAUCUUCUGAUAAUUCUUCAGAACAUAUUGAUAAUGUAGAAGGCGUUUCAUAUGAUAAUAUUUCAGAAUAUAUUAAUACAGAAAGUGUUGCUUCGAUGGAAGACGUCUUGUAUGAUAAUAUUUUAGAAUAUAUUAAUAUAGAAAGUGUUACUUCGGCUAUCAAAGAAGAACUGGAGGAUUUUGAUGAGCAAAUGCAGGACUACCAACUUCUGUAUAAACUGUUACUUAAUACUGAAAAAGAAGAAUUUUUCGAAGAUUAUGAUCUGUUAGAAGAAGAGUCUUCCAAUUUAAAG